UUGUUCCAAGUUCAAGUUCGAUGUGCGAAUUGUAAUUAAAAAUGCUGAAUAGUUAUUUUGAAAUUAUUUUCCAAACAUAUUGAAUUGCAGAUCGAAAUUGGAAUAAAAUUUGCCUAAUGCAUAUUUAAAUUAUAAAAUAAUGAAUACUGUUUAUUAUAGGUGAAAAUUAAAAACAAAGCGAUUUUUGAAUACCGUCGUUAGUAUUGAUUACAAAGGAAUCAUUGAAAACUGAUUACCGAACUUAUAAAAAUCAUUGCAGGAUAAGAAUUGUUUUUGUAAUCUAAGUGCAAUCACAAUGAGAGCGACAAAUUUUAUUUUUUUGGUUUGGUUAUUCUACGUUACUCAAAUUCACGGGUACACUAAUCGUGGGUACAGUAAUCGUGGGUACAGUAAUCGUGGGUACAGUAAUCAUGGAUUCACUAAUCAUAGAAGUGCUUUCAAGAAAGUAAUGACAACAGAUGGCGUCGUUCUUGGGAAAUUGUUAACUACACACAAAAAUACCGAAUUUCAUGCUUUUCAAGAUAUUCCGUAUGCUCAACCACCUAUUGGAACACUAAGAUUUAAGGAACCUUUGCCAGCACUACCAUGGAAUGGAGUACUAAAUACCAAAGAAAGUUCAAAAAUAUGUCAUCAGUUUAAUCUGAACUAUGCAGAUCCUAGAGAAAACGAAGAUUGUCUUGUUUUGAAUGUCUAUUCUACAGCAGUAAAGGAUCACAGAAACGACGAAUUACUUCCCGUAUUAGUCUGGAUACAUGGAGGAGGAUUUACAGUUCGUUCAGGAGCUAUAGAUGCGUAUGGUCCUCAUUAUUUUAUCGAUAAAAAGCUAGUAGUUGUAACAAUCAACUACAGACUUGGGCCUCUAGGUUUCUUGAGUACAGGCGAUGGUGUAAUGCCUAAAAAUCUUGGACUUAAAGAUCAGAAUUUAGCACUGAAAUGGGUACAGAAAAAUAUAGCGAGGUUUGGAGGUGAUCCAUCGAAAGUUACUUUAAGUGGUCAUGAAUCGGGAGCAGCUUCAGUUGGAUAUCAUAUAUUAAAUAAAAAAUCACAAGGUUUAUUUAGAGCAGCCAUUCUGCAAAGUGGCUCUCCUUUAUCCUGCUGGGCUGUCCACAAAAAUCCCAAAAAAGUUGCUCAAUAUUUAGCCAAUGCUUUAUCGUCGACUAACCAGAGGAAUCUGACAUCGCAGGAAAUAUUACAUAUAUUUAAAACAGCAGAUAUCGAACAGUUAAAGAGAGUAGUUCUUAAAUUUCAGGGUGACAGGAAUUCACUUCCAGACCUAGCCAACUGUCAUCAAAUGGACUCAUAUCCUAUGACUGCUGUAAAAGAGGAAGAAAAUGAUGAAAAUGCUAUUGUAACGGGCAUGAACUACGAGAAAUUGAAAAACGGAGAUAUAAAUAAAGUGCCCAUUUUAAUCGGCUUUACAUCAGAGGAAAUGUUAUUUUUCAAAGUACCUAAGCUACUUCUUCAAACUAAUUUAAUAGAUUUGAAUGAAAGUCUUGCCAUUACUGCAAACAUGAACAUGAAAGAUAAAAAUAGAAGAGACGCUGGACAUGAACUAAAAAAUUUAUAUACUAACUCCUUUGCCACAAGUCCAUCGGGUUCCAUCAGUUUCCUGAGUGACUGUUUAUUAAACAUACCAAUAGCAAGAUAUGCUUUUUUGCAAUCUCAAUAUACGGAUGUUUAUUUCUACCAAUUCUCGUAUCUCGGAACCUUGGGAAGAUAUCAAUAUCAAGAAGGUAUCUCUGGUGUUGGAAACCGAGAAGAAUUGGGGUAUUUUUGGCACAAUGCGACUGCUGAUAACCUGGACCAAUUUCCAAAAGGAGAUAUUGUGACCCAUGAGCGCGUUAUGGACUUGUGGUCACAAUUUAUUAAAUAUUUGAAUCCUACUGCUUAUAACUCUCAAGUAUUAGGAGAUUUUAAAUGGCCCAAAGUUGCUGAGGAAAACUUUCUAUACUUGGAUAUUAAUUCAAACUUAUCAGUAAAGAGAGGACCAAAGAAAUUUACUGACUGGAAUAGAAUUUAUUCAAAAUAUACAACAGAAAAGUUGGAUACCUACUAAAAGUGAUUAUGUGCAUAUUAAAUUAAUAAAAACACUAUGACACAUUAAAAACUUUUAUUUUUAUUAUGCAAAUAGCUUCAAAUUCUUCAAUAUUUUUAUAAUUUUGCCUAUAUCCAAGAAAAAUUUAAGCCG